CAAUGAUGUUCGAUUAUGGAGAAUACCGAAAUUAUAUGACGACCACUACCAGAGGAAGUCCUGAUAAAAGAAGUAGCCAUGGGUAUGAAAGAGACAUUAUCUACUCGAAUGUGUCCCCAGACGUUAUUAAAAGCAAAAAGCCCAUGUCCAAAUCUCCGUGUAAAUAAAGGAAGAAAGAAGAGACUUAUCUUUAAGCAUGAAGAAGAGAAAAUGAGUAUAGACCAAGCUGAAUGGAACCACCGACAAAGAAGGGAGAAACUCAGGGGUAGUACCUCCCUACCUAAGAUACAGAAGGGUAAGCCUAGGAUAAAGAGAGGUUCUCCCGUAAAAGUAGCUUCUCCUGUGAAACGCAGCUCUCCUACUAAGGCAGGCUCUCCCACUAAAGGAGGUUCUCCUAUCAAAGUAAAGAAGAAAAAGCGUCUGAUCAUAAGUGGAGGAAGCCCAGUGAAACUCCAAAAGAUCCAGUCAGAGAAUAAUACUAAUGCUCACGAUUCAGGAAUUGACAUAAGCCAUAUUGAGAUUAAACUGUUCCUCCAGAGUAGCUGAUUUACACACCUACAAGAGUCGAUAUCUCUAUACGGAUCCAUGAUCAGAAAGGACCAGAAUACAGAGAAAUUUGACAUCGAAACGGAAGAAGGGCAAGCUACAUGCGCGAGAUUUCUAAGCUCUCUCAAGAAUCUCUGCAUAUCAAUGGGAAUAGAGAGGUGAGACAGACAAUACAUCGAUAGAUUCUCGAAAGCUUAUAAAAUUCUAUACAAAGAGGAUAAUACUGUUUACCUUCCUGAAAUAUUUGAUAGUGCUCAAGAGGGUUACUCCCACCUCUGGGUUAAUGGUGAGAAAUAUGUAUUCUCUGAAGAUGUGCUCCAAUCAGGAGAACAACUAAAAAGAAGCUUCUAUAACUUCCAAAAAGAUUUAGAAAUAUUUGAGAGGUUAUUUAAAUAUGAAAUCAAGGACAACCUACACUUUAGGGAAGUACAAAGGAAACUAAAAUCCUUCCUAGAAAGAUUCGACAAAACAUGGACAACUUAUGAGAAGAAUUACAUCCUAGAAUUAAUGGUUAUCGAAUCUGAUUCUAGAAGAUAUGUCCAACAUGCAGUAGAUGCUAACAAAGAGCUGUCUCUCGCAGAAACUGAUAAAGCUCAUCGGUCUAAAUCACCAAAGAAAGAAAAGUCUAAGAAAAUAAAAAGUGCUAAAGAGAAGCUCAUCUGCUGUAUCUCAAAAAUCAAUUCUGUUGCUAAUACAAGUGGCAAGGGGAGAGAUGACCUAGGAAUCGAGGUUCUUGAAAUCACUGAGAAAAGGAAGAAGCAGAUAGAGAAGACUCAGUCUCCCUUCUGCACAUCAAACUACUCUUCUUUCUAUAAGCUGUAUAAUGAGAUUAUAGACUCUUUCAAUUGCCUAAGGCUGCUAUUAAGCAAAUAUUCUGAAAAUAUAGAAAUUGUGGACCCACAGCUGAAAAAUAAUCAAGAAUUGGUGGACUGAGUCACCAAAUUUGAAGAUUCUUGGAGCAAAGGAAAGCUAUAUUUCUCUGAUGACAAGAAAUUCAACUGCUUUAUCAUUCUGAGUCAAUACAUAGAUUAUCUCUGUCAGACUUAUCCUGACUUUAAGAGUCAAAUUGAAUGAAGAGAUUAUGAACUGUUCAUGAUAAUUCCUCAACUAGUCAUCCAAAGCUGUGCCUUUGAAGUAAUCAAAAACAACAUGAAUGAUCUUGGGAUGCUUAACCAGGAGAAUGAACCAAAACUUGAGUUAGGAGCUAACUUCACUAACAUCAUUGUCAACUUUAGUCAAGAAAUCAUCAAAAAUGAAGCUGCUGAAGAGGAAAAGUGUGAAGAGAAUGAAGAUGAUCCUAUAUGAUUAAAACUUUCUUCAGACUUUACUAGGCUUAUCUUCUCUAUCUACAAGAUCUAUAAGAAAUACUCAGAAACAUCAGAUUACUGACUAGACCAAGUCAAAGAAGAAUUUGAGACAGGAAUUAUUGCAGAUAAUCUGCUUCAGGAGCUACCUUCUUCUGUGACAGAAGGGUUAUCAACACUGAAGCCAAUGAGCAUUGAAUUACAAAGAGCAAAGCCAUCUGAAUGGAAUGAGCUUCUAGACAUAUGCAUGGCUUAGUUCAUUAACGUUACGAAAUCUCUGAGAGAUGCUUAGUACUUUUAUUUUAAUCAAUUCUGC